AAGAAGAGUGGGUGGUCAGCUGGCCCUCGCUUGGCGCUGCUGUCGAGGCACUGUUUGCGCAGGCGGCAGGCGGGGCUGGGCCCGCGACUGGGCCGCUCGCCCGCGCUGCAGAUGGUGGAGGAGAAGGCGCGCGUGGUGCUGAGCCGUGCCGAGUUCUCCACGCUCGCCUACUACCAGGAGGAGUACGCGGGCCGGCAGAUGACCAUCGAGGCGUUCGUGGCCGUGCUGCUCGAGCUGCUCAACACCCCCGAGAAGUACACGCUGCUGACGGAGCUGCGCGAGGUGGUGCUGCCCGAGGACCGCAGCCGCUUCGACGAGCUGGUCUACCGGCGCGAGGCGGAGGGCCAGCGCUGCCGGGAGCUGCGCGACCUCCUCGACCAGCGCGAGCAGGAGCGGCACGGCGCGCCGCGGAGAAAGGGGGUUCCUGGCAGCGGGGACAGCAGCCACAACAUGCUGAUGGCCAACCUCCACGACCUUCCCGGCCCGCCGAGUACCGCGCGGUCCACCACGCGGCCGUGCAAGUUCCCGUCUCGGUCGAAGGUGGCAGCACCUACGAACAGUUUAACGAACCCGAGGAGUUCCGCACGCCAGCGAGGACUCGGCGUGGGGCUGGGCGCCGACGGUGCGAGCUGCUACCGGGGCAGCAGGGGCGCUGGCGCGGGCGCCGGCUCCUGCAGUGAAGCUGGUGCUUCACCGCGCCUCGGCAAGAGGACGUCAGACCUGGCGCUGUCCCAACGACGACGACGACUUCGACCCGGCGGGCCCAGCGCCAGCAGC